CCUCACCAGGAUAGAAAGGGGAGAGGAGCCUUGUCCUGAAGACUGGUGGGGCCAGGAAAAGGGGAGUGAGGAGUCUGCAUGCUCAAAGAAGUCAGGCACUGGACCCCGGGGACUCUGCAAGUAGUCACUCCUCACGGUCCAGCCUCGAGGCAGGGCAGACUCGGUGUGGAGCUCAGUGUCAUCGAUUUGCAUUCCCCAGGCCUCCCUCCACAGCCACAGUGGGUCCUUCGCUCUGACAACCCCACCCAAGAGGAGCCAAAAGAUCAGACCCCUGUGCAGCAGCGAGUUGAAGAAGUAAGAAGACCCCCUCCUGGGCCAGGCACUGAUCUCUCAGCAAGCUCCAGCAUUCUGUCUUCAGUUAAACAAGAGGCAGAAUCUUCCGAGGAGGAGUCACCAACCUCCCCUCCCAGGGGUGUCCUGCCUGGUGUGGGGCCAGGUGGUGCGGUGACCGUCAAGACAGAAGCCCAGUCUGAAGAUGAGACGGAACCCGAGCAGCUCUUCCUGGAGGCCGCUAGCCGGCCUACGUGUAGAAUCCCCAAAGGGCCCAGAAACAGGACUCGAGGCUCCCGGCGGCGGCACCAUGCCCAGGGCAUGUCCAGGGGGUCGGUAGGGGAGCCCCAGGCGGCCGGAGCUGCGGGGGAGUCGCCCCGGGUCCUCCCCCGACGGCGGGAGCGGACUUUCCCCUGCCCCGACUGCGGGCAAAGCUUCCGCCUGAAGAUCAACCUGACCAUCCACCAGCGGACCCACGUGGAGGAGGCCAGGGAGGCAUGGGACGGCGCCUCCUCCAGCUGGGGGCAGGACCCCUCCACCCUGGAGCCCGGGGAGGUGGUCGUGCCCGGGCCUGUCAUUGGCUGGCUGCCCGCGGAGCCCACCAGCCGCCGCUCCCUGGCUGGCCGGGCCUUCCUGGGGCACAGGCCCGCGGCCACCAAGGUGUACCACUGCAGCGAGUGCCUGCGCUUCUUCCAGCAGCGCAAGAGCCUCCUGCUGCACCAGCGCCUGCACACCGGCAACAGCCAGGGCUGUCCCGCCUGCCCCUACUGCGGCAAGGCCUUCCGCCGGCCCUCGGACCUCUUCCGCCACCAGCGCAUCCACACAGGCGAGCGGCCCUAUGGGUGCCCCCAGUGUGGCCGGGCCUUCAACCGCAACCAUCACCUGAUUGUCCACAUGCAGACUCAUUCGAGAGGCCAGGCAGGCCUGCACUUUCCCAUGUCCUCUGGCCAAGGGAGCCCGCCCUAUGAGGAAGAGGGCUGACCAGGCAGGAGCCCUACCUUCCUCCCCCCAGCUACCCUGGCAGGACCUGUGCUGUGUAUCGGGCUUUUCCUUGUGCCUGAUGCUGGUUCCAGGACUGUUCCAGAGAAUCUUUUUUCUUCAUUGAAAUGGGAAGCAGCAACUCAUGGUGACCAUGUGUGUAUGACAAGGUGCCCCCUUUUCUAUUUCCUGUUUGUCACUCUUUGCCUCCUUUCCUACAUUCCUGGCUUGUAAAGAUUCUUUAAGGCUUUAGGGGACACCAGUUCUCAGUGGAGUCUUUGGACAGCACCAUGGUUGGGGGACCAGAUUGAGGCCCUUCCAGGAUGGGGUGAAUCGGCCCUUGGGCACUGGCACGGCUCUGGUCCUUGGAGGUCUGCCUGUAGUCCAUGUGACAAGUCCCCCUGAGGAAAGGCACUGGAGAUCUUUCCUUCUCACUUGGAGACUUCUCUGUGUGAAGCGCUCCUCAGACUUUCAUUGUUUGUAUUUGCAUUAGGGGCCAGGAUCUCCAUGUGGGGCAGAUGGGAUCAGAGAGGAGCUCAGACCAGACCUGCUCUGGGCUUUGAGGGCGAGUAGCUUUGGCUGCUGUACUGGCAGCUGUGUCUCCUGCUGUUUCCCAGCCGUGGGUGGUCCCCUGUCUUCCUAGUUCCUCUGCUGCUGGGCUGUCUUCCAUUCUAUACCUCAGCUGUCUGUUCCUUUGGGAGUGGAUGACCUUCCCUUCCGUUCUCAGGCUCCUUGGGAUUGAGUGACUCAUUGAAGGGACUCCCAAAGAUGCCUUGAGGAGGCAGAGAAAGCCUAGGUAGACCCUGAGAUUAAACUUGGUCUGGGAGGGGCUGUUAGUUUACCUGGACUCGGGCCUCCAGGCCUGUUUAGUCAUGGUAAUCAGUUCAGGCUGUGGGUUAAGUUGGGCUGGGAGUUCUGGAGCAAACCUUCAGCCACAUCUUAUUAGGUGCAUCCCACCUCAGAGUUGCCCAUGUCAAAUUAAGAGGCACUGGCAGAGAAGAAGCUUUUUUUUUUGGGGGGGGGCGUCGGUUGUGGGG